UGAAGUAGAAAGACCACCUACAAAAAACGUUAGUAGAGUAAACUACUGCGAAAAUGAGUUAUACGCGGCGGAUAAAAGAAAGCAACAAGUACAACCGGACAUCCCCGAAAAAAGACCUAAAGUACAACCAGAAUUGAAGUGGGAUAAUAGACUUCGGCCCAGGGCAGAAAACGAACCGCUUUUAGUAGACGUUGGAGACCCGUUACAGCCUAUGGAGUUAGAAGAGGCACGAACAGGUCUCGGGAAAACCACCGUAACAAGUCACCGGAUCGAUACCUGCGAGGCCAAACCGAUAAAGCAAAGAGCCUACAGAGCAGCGCCGAACGAACACGAGUUUAUAGAAAAGGAACUAAAAGAAAUGGAAGAAAGGGGGAUACAACCUGACGAAAGUAAAGUGGAAAAAGUAAGAAAUUAUCCAAUACCAGCAAGGCCUCUACACCAUUUACUGCAAAAAGGUGUUAGUUUUGACUGGGGACAAGAGCAGCAAAAAUCAUUUGAGGCGUUAAAAAGUUACCUGACUACGGCGCCCGUUCUUAAAUACCCCGAUUUUAAUGAUAUGUUUUACUUGUACACCGAUGCAUCCGGAACUGGGCUGGGUGCU